GCUGAGAGGCAGGCAGCAUGCUUAGACCACAGCAAGCUGUCCUUCUGCAGACACAUCUCCUCUGAUCGACUACAGCCAGCAUGGCCGAGAGAAGAAUUCCCACCACCAUGCAGCGCACCCACAGCUGGGACCCCCUGAGGGAGCUGCACCACACCAGCCGCAUCUUUGACCAGGCAUUUGGCCUCCCACCUGUGUUUGAGGACUUCCCAGCAUUCCCCUCCACCCAUUGGCCUGGAUACAUGAGGCCAUCUCUCAUGGGCCCUGACAUCAUGAUGCCCCAGAGCCCAAUGCUGUACCACCCCAGCCAUAUGAUGGCCCACCAAGCCAGGGCCCUGUCCCGGCAAAUGAGCAGCGGGAUGUCUGAGAUCAAGCAGACAGACGACAACUGGAAGAUCUCCCUGGAUGUCCCCCAUUUCUCACCUGAGGAGCUGGUAGUGAAGACCAAGGAUGGUGUUUUGGAAAUUUCUGGCAAGCAUGAAGAGAGGAAGGAUGAGCACGGUUUUGUGUCGAGGAGCUUCACCAGGAAAUACACUCUGCCCACUACAGCAAAUAUUGAGAAGGUAACCUCCUCCCUUUCUCCUGACGGUGUCCUGACUGUGGAGGCGCCAAUAAACAAGCCAGCCAUCGAGUACUCUGAGACCACCAUUCCUAUAAAUGUGGAGAACGCCGUAGCCAAGAAGUAGAAAGAAGAGCGAGGCUUGAGCUUUCUUAACCCAUUCACACACAUCCCCACACUCACUCACUAUUUUAUACAAGCUUUGAUGCCCAGAUGUAAAUUGUGCUGAUUGUACUUACUUCUAAACUGGACCUGUGGAUUGUUUCUCCUCCAUCUGUCCACAGUAUAAAGCCAAAUUUUGUAAACACAUCAGCACCACCGCCAUAUGCCAGCUCUUUUAGCUGUGAUUAUACUGAAGGUCAUUUUUUUUUACUUAUGUGUUGUGUUUGCAAAUCUACUUGAUAGUGUCUCUUACCUAAAAAAAAACUGUGUCACUGGGUUGGAAACCAAUUGAUUUGUAUCUGAAGCUUUGCUUUUUUAUUUUUCUUUUUUAAGCCAAUAAAGAAGAAAAUAAAACCUGAAA